AUGUCGCAACGCGAGGGAGCCGGCCGGGUCAAGAACCGUGCGCCCGCUGCCAUCCAAGUCAGUCACUUGGUGUAGUGGUCUCAGCAUUGACAUGUCGCUGACCAUGUCCCAUACUCCCGCCUCCACCUCUUGCGAACGCUCCUGGCCGGCCGCACUCCACGCCCUCCCCCUCGCUUGGCGCCGCUCUCUUCCUCCCGGGCUCAUCAUCGAACAGAUCACCGCCGAACAACUCUUGCGAGAAGCAGCCGACUUUCAAGAAAAGACCGCGGUCAAGCCCAAGCAGCAUGUCGAGGACUUGGAGGAGUUGCACGAGUACCGCGGGCGCAAGCGCCAAGAGUUCGAGGAGACCAUCCGCCGCACCCGGAGCAAUGUCAGUCCUACGCUCUGACUUGUAACCUCGCUAAGAAAGCUGAUGUCUCCUUACGCUGGCUACAGAUCACGGCUUGGGCCAAGUAUGCCAACUGGGAAGCCGCGCAGGGAGAGUUCCCGAGGUAGGUUCUCGCGUAAGGGUGUCCAUAGGCGUGCCUUUCUGAGCUCACCACCACUAAAUCCAACACAGAUCACGCUCCGUGUUUGAACGUGCACUCGAUGUCGACCCUACCAACCUCAAGCUAUGGCUGUCCUAUACCGAGAUGGUCAGUCACUCCCGCAUCCUACCAGGGCUCACCCCAACUGCAUGCUAAACCACUCUCCACUCUCGAUAACUCUGACAGGAACUGAAAGCGCGCAACAUCGCCCAUGCUCGCAACCUCUUUGACCGAGCCGUGACACUCUUGCCUCGCAUCGAUCGCAUCUGGUACAAGUACGUCUACCUGGAAGAGAUGCUCGGCAACGUCGCCGGGGCGCGCCAAGUCUUUGAGCGCUGGAUGGCCUGGGAGCCUGAUGAGAAAGCCUGGAGCGCCUACAUCAAACUCGAGAUUCGAUACAACGAACUCGAUCGUGCGAGUGUGCUGUACGAACGCCUCGUCAAUUGCCACCCCGAACCCAAGAUGUUCAUCAAGUGGGCCAAGUUUGAGGAGGAACGAAGGAGGCUCGAUCGCGCGAGGGAGAUCUUCACGAUGGGCUUCGAGUUUUACGGCCAGGACGAACAAGGGAUCGAUAAGAGCCAGUCGUUGUACUCGGCGUUCGCCAAGAUGGAGGUCAGGCACAAGGAGUACGAUCGAGCGAGGGUCAUUUACAAGUUCGCUUUGGAACGACUACCCCGUACCCGAGCGACGCAACUCUAUGCGGCCUACACCAACUUUGAGAAGCAGUUUGGUGAUCGACAGGCGAUCGAGACGACCGUAUUGGGGAAACGACGUAUUCAGUACGAGGAAGAGUUGACCCACGAAUCGCGCAACUAUGACGUUUGGUUCGACUAUGCGCGACUCGAGGAGGACGCGUACCGGAGUGCGACCGCAGGCGGACAAGCCGACGAGGCUGCGUUGACUCGAGUGAGGGAGGUGUACGAACGCGCCGUGGCGCAGGUGCCACCGAGCGACGAGAAGCGUCAUUGGCGACGGUACAUUUUCACUUGGCUCAACUACGCCUUGUUCGAGGAGCUCGAGACCAAGGAUCUGUCGAGGGCGCGGGAUAUUUACAAGGCGUGCCUCAAGCUCGUGCCGCACAAGCGCUUUACUUUCGCCAAAGUCUGGGUGCAGUAUGCCGAGUUUGAGGUCAGGCAGAUGCAGCUCGACGCGGCGAGGAAGAUCUUCGGGACGGCUAUCGGUAUGGCGCCCAAGGACAAGGUGAGACUUGAUGCCAAGCUUGCUCUAUCUACGGGCUUAUUUGUUGACAUGUCUUUUUUCCCGAACAUCAGUUGUUCAAGGAGUACAUCGAGCUCGAACUCAAGCUGCGCGAGUUUGACCGUCUACGCACACUGUACCAAAAAUGGCUCGAGGUAGGCCUUUUCCAUCUCGUCAAUCCCACUUGUACAGAACCUCACCUAAUUCCUUAUUGGCCUCCAGUUCGACCCAUCCAACGCGACGGCCUGGAUCAAAUUCACCGAGCUCGAAGCCGGUCUGCAAGAAUUCGAUCGCGCUCGCGCCAUUUACGAGCUCGCCGUUGACCAACCUUCAAUGGACAUGCCCGAACUCAUCUGGAAGAGCUGGAUCGACUUUGAGUAUGAAGAAGAGGAAUACGAUCGCGCGAGGGAACUGUACGAACGUCUGUUGCAGAGGACCAGUCACGUCAAGGUUUGGGUCUCGUUCGCUCAGUUCGAGGUGAAUGCUGGAUUGGCGAUCGCCAGGGCUUAUGCUGGGGAGGAUGAGGAGGAUGCAGAGGAAGGCGCGGAGGAGAAGGAGAAGACGGAGGUCGAUCAUGAGGCGGUCGAACAGGCUAAACAGGAAGGAUUGGAACGAGCGCGGGCCGUGUUCGAACGUGGGUACAACGAUCUCAAGAAGAAGCAACUCAAGGAAGAGGUAAGUCUUCUAAAAAACCUCAAGUGCUCUCUCGCUUGUGCGUCUGUGCAAGGGACCGUCUGACCACGGAGAGUUCUGCUCACAGCGCGUCGUCUUGCUCGAGGCAUGGAAAGCCCUCGAGACGAACGAGGGCGAUGCGGCUUCGCUGGCCAAGGUUGUGGCCAAGAUGCCUCGGGUUGUCAAGAAGAUGCGCAAGGUCGAUGGCGACGCGUCGAUGAUGGAAGAAUGUCAGUAUCCCCCUCAUUGAAACGUUUGGGAAAGCCGAGAUGAUGCUCACGCUUCCGAUGACCGUUCUUGUACGCAGACUACGACCUUAUCUUCCCCGACGACGAAACGGCGACCAACGCCGUCUCGCUCAAAGUGCUCGAGAUGGCCGCCGCCUGGAAAGAGAAGCAAGCCGAAAUGGCCGCCAACAAGCCCGCAGAGGAAGAAGAGGAAGACGACGACGACGACGAAGAUGAAGAAGACGAGGAGGAGGAAGGAGAUUCAGGGGAAGCUGAAGAUUGA